AUGAGCAGUUCCCUCAAAGAUGCAAACGUAUCCAAACGUGAUCAUAUGACUAUCACCGAGAAUGCUGACGAUGCUGCGCCUACUAACGGGGGAGAGAAAAGGAGAAUUCGCGACAGGUCUUCUAGAAAGAGGAGAUCAGAUUCCAAGGGUCGGAGAAGUAGAUCAGCAUCCAAGGGUAGCAAAAGCUCCCACAAGAUGAGCAGCGGAAUUGGCCACAGACGACGCACCAAGAAAGCUGCAAUGAAAUCUUCUUCGCGCAGCGAAGGAAGUAAUAGCGGCCCAUCAGAACUUUUGUAUGGAGACAAAAACACCAACAAGGCAAAAUCAAAGGCAUCACGGGGUAUGACAAGGUCCCUCAAACCAGGUGCUGAGCUUGUCAGUCCAUCAGGAAAAAGGAGGGACACUCUCAGCACUGCUGAAAGUACUGAAAUAUUGUACGGAGAUGAUGAAGCUAAGGCGAAAGCAAAGGCAUCACGAAGCUCGAACGUUUCACUCAGACCCGAUGCUAAGCUUGCCAGUUCGUCUGGACACAGCAAGAGUACUAACGAUACCGCCCAUACUACCGCAGUAUUGUACGGAGAUGCCGAUGCCAAGAAGAAAGCAAAGGCAUCAUCGAAUUCGAAAAGGUCCCUUAAACCCGGUGCUCAGCUUGUCAGUUCGUCUGGACACAGUAAGAGCACUGGCGACACUGGCCAUAGUACUGCAGUAUUGUACGGAGACGAAGAUACCAAGACGAAAGCAAAGGUAUCACGGGGCUCAAAAGGAUCCCUCAGACCCGGUGCUGAGCUUGUAAGUGUAUCGGGACACAGUAAAAGCACUGGUUGCAGCAACCAAACCACGCAAACAUUGUAUGGGGUGAGAAACGAAGAUGCCAAAGCAAAGUCAAAAGUAAUGCUGGGAUCUUCUUCCCAUCACAGCAGUAAAAGUAUCGGCACAAAGAGUACUGUCGAAAUAUUUUAUGGAGAUGACGAUGAUCAUGAUCAUGCCAAGAACAAAGUGAAGGGCGGAUCGCGAAGAAGCUCCUCCAGAUCCAACACGAAUCCGGGAGUGAAACGCAUGGGCAGAUCAUGGAGGAGUAUGACUCCACCAGUGGAUGGUCAUGUGGUGCCAUGUAUGAUGAUUGACGAUGGGCCCAAUUCGUCACAGGCGAAGGACUCAAUUGUUGGGGAUUGGCAAUCUGUGGCGUCCAAGGAUCGAAAGUCAGGAAAGAAAGAGCCCGUUUCGUCCCGGUACAAAAUGUGGAUUAUUUUGGCUGUCGCUAUUCUUGUCAUUGGCGGUGGAGUGACAGCCGUUGCCGUUCUCAGAAAACAAGGUGGACAGGUCCAAGAUACUGGCUCCCAUAAUCCUACCACUGAAUCGCCCGAUCUUAUAUCCGAGCCUCCAGCCGGCUCCCUAAAAGAAACACCAACAGCGCCACCAUCAAAAAAGCAGGUGCUGGAUCCACCUAGUGCUGAAGACUGUACUGCCAUUACAAACAACCAAACCAUUCCAGGAGACAAUACAUUGUCCAAAAGCAACUGGAAUGCCAACAUUCAGAUCAAUGUCAAGGGUGAAAGUGGAAUGACUGAUGAAAUGGUACAGCAAUUGUUGGAUUCCAUUCAAGAGCUCUUGCUUCCGGCCAUGGCUGGUUGCACUAAUGGCGAUCAGCGAAAGCUAAUCGAAUUGGCAAACCCAGUCAUGUCAGGAGUCUCCAAAGAAAUGGGAGAAGACCUUGAUGAGUCUCGAUAUGCGAUUCUAUUCGCUAGUGUCAAAGGCAAAUUGCUGAAAGAUACAGUCUGUGUGGAUGCAACAACUCCCGAGCUAUGUUAUGUUGUCCUUGUCGAGUUUUCUUUACUGUUGGAUGCUGAUAUUACUUCUGCCGAUGUUGAGGCCAUUAUAUUAGAGGAAUUGGCAAACGGCAACAACAUGGUAUCAAAGUUGGAGCUUGAUGAUUUGUUCCUAUCAGUGAAUGCAAGAAAUAUCAUUGAUGUGACACCUUCCGAAGCUCCCUCUGCCCCGCCAACUGAUGUUUCAUCUAGACCGCCAAGCAACAGUCCGACAAAGUCUCCUGCAGCUCAGUCGGCAACAGAAGGUCCUGAUAGAAUCCCGACACCCGUGCCAGUGCCGCAACCAACGCGUGUUCCAGGUACACCAACAUCCAUUCCUGUUGAAGCACCCACGUUGGCUCCCAUUCGAUCUCCUUCUGCUAUGCCAACGGGCGCUCCAGGUACUCCAACAUCCAUUCCAGUUGAAAAACCUACAUUGGCUCCCAUCCGAUCCCCUUCUGCCAUGCCAACGGGCGCUCCAAGUACGACCUCGCCAUCUCCCAUGUCACUCAUGACUCCACCUUCUGCACCAACAUCCUCGAUGCCAGCUGUCGGGUCAUCACCGCCGCCAACCGUAUCACCGACAGCUUCGGCUUCAAGCUCACCGUCCACGAAGUCAUCGGUAGCACCAGAGGCUCCGUCAACACCUAGCCCUAUGAUUGAGCAAACGUUAUUACCGACAGGUUUGACUUCAAGCCCGGUUUCCACAAAGCCAUCGAUGACACCAUUUUCGUCACCAACAUACAUGCCGGUGCUCGGACCAACGCCUCCUCCAACAGUAUCACCCACUGCUAUGGUUUCAAGCUCACCAUCAAUAACGCCAACACGUGGUCCAACAAUGAAGCCUAUCGUGGCAACACCAAAUCCAACUGCUAUUCCCAGUCGUGCUCCAACAGCAAAACCGACGCCUGGGCCCACGCCAGCUCCAACAUCUGCUCCGACACCUCGACCAACACCAAAUCCUACCCCCGAACCAACUCCGAAUCCAACAACAACUGCUCCAAUCUCUGGUGCUCCAACCAGCUUAUUCUGCUGCUCGAACAAUCUGAAAGACUGCAAUAUCCCUGAUCCAACGUGCAAUUCUAGCUUGCUAAACUGUAGCAGUUGCAAUGGGUAUUUCAUCGAGCAGGGUAGCUGCACCACCGGGAUCGCCAAAUUUGAGGAUUGCACCAGCAAUGUGUUUGGCUGCUGUGCGACGCUUAGCUGUGUUGCACAGGAUUUAUUCUCUUCACGAUGCGAGUAG